CAUUGGCGUAUGUAAACAGCUGUUCGCCGGCUGUGUUUAGAAUUCUUUUGUAAUCACUUAAGGAAAAUAUUCCAAUAGCUUUAUAAAAUUAUUUAAACUAUUUAUUCAAAAUGGCCCUGAUGCAGAGAAUACUGAAAGAAGUAGUGAACAAAUCUUUGAGGGUUUCAGUAUCCACACGUUUUUCGAGUUACAAUUCAUCGGAUAAAGUGCAGGCUUUGGAGGAAUAUCCAGAAGUUGAAAUAUUGAGAAAUCCUCCAGAAUGGAAAUAUGUAGAGCGCCUGCUGCCCAAGCCAGUUAUACCUAAAGUAGCCCAAAAAUCGGAAUAUCCAUCAGGUUGGAAACCACAGUCGAUGGGCUUAAAGGAUAUGGACAAAUUGGAAUACUAUGUGGCGCGAUCACGUAAUCAUAUGGUGCCAGUUUAUUUGGAAACUACCUUCAGGGGACAGCGCAGAGUGACAGUAGUUAAACACGUGCAAGGAAAUGUCUGGCAAUUGGAAAAGGAACUAAGAACAAUUGUGGAAAAGGAACGUAAUGGUAAACUGUGUGCCACCCGUGUCAACGAAAUGAGUGGACAAAUUCGCAUACACGGUGAUUAUGUCGAUGUUGUAAGAGAGUAUCUGAAAUCGAAGGGCUAUUAAUUGUUUAAAAAAUAAAAUCCUGUUGAUUUCUUAAAUUUUCCGCAAAAUUAGAAAA